GAGUUGACCAGCAGGGAGCGCCUGUUGUCGCUCUCAUUGUGUCUCUGCACCUCCGGGCGGAGAGAGACGGGUCAGAGGAAAAUGGCGGACGGUGUGGAUCACAUCGACAUCUACGCCGACGUAGAGGAGGAAUUUAACCAGGAAUCUGACUACCCAGUGCACGAGCAGAUCGACCUGUACGAUGAUGUAAUAUCCCCAUCGGCCAAUAAUGGUGAUGCUCCAGAAGACCGUGACUACCUGGACGCAUUACCUGCACCCGGUGGCUCAGAGGGAGGCAAGAGUGCUCCACCAAAUGUGGUUUACACCUACACAGGAAAAAGGAUUGCCCUUUACAUAGGCAACCUCACAUGGUGGACAACAGAUGAGGACCUGACAGAAACAAUCCGGUCAAUAGGCAUCGCAGAUGUGCUGGAAAUAAAGUUCUUUGAAAACAGAGCCAAUGGCCAGUCAAAAGGAUUUGCCCUCGUUUGUGUGGGCUCAGAGGCUUCAUCCAGGAAGUUAAUGGAGCUCUUAUCAAAGAGGGAGCUCCACGGCCAGAGUCCCAUCGUCACGCCAUGCAACAAACAGUCCCUCAGCCAGUUUGAGAUGCAGUCACGCAAAAGUACUCAGUCAGGUCAGAUGUCUGGGGAAGGUAAAGCUGGUCCCCCUGGUGCAGGUCUUCGUGGAGGUUUCCCCAUGGGUCGAGGCAGAGGCAGAUUUCCCGGACCACCCGGCCCAGGAGGAGACCGCUUCCCUGGCCCUGUUGGACCCGGAGGACCGCCGCCACACUUUCCUGGCUCGGGGAUGACACCAGAUCUGAUUAGGCACCAAGAUGGCCCUCUGAUGGAUAUGAAUUUCAAUCCCUUCCCGCCAGGGGGCAGGAACGGGAGCUGGCGCGGCAGAGGUGGGAUGCAGGGUCCCCCACGUCCACCUCCUGGUCCACCUGGCCCCCCCGGCCCUCCAGGACCUCCACCACCUGGACAGGGCCUCCCCCCUCCCCUCGCUGGUCCUCCAAAUCGUGGCGACAGGCCGCCUCCUCCUGUUCUCUUCCCUGGUCAAUUUGGCCAGCCACCAAUGGGACCCUUACCUCCAGGCCCCCCUCCUCCAGGUUAUGGCCCUCCUCCUGGUCCCCCACCCCCCCAACAGGGUCCACCACCUCCAGGACCCUUCCCUCCUCGGCCCCCAGGUCCUAUUGGACCGCCCAUGGCUUUGGCUCCUCCUCCACACAUGCCAGGUCCCCCACCGGGCGGACCACCACCAGCCCCCCAUGUCAACCCUGCCUUCUUCCCACCACCUGGCAACAACAACAUGCCCCCCAACGACAGUCGAGGGCCCCCAGGACCAAACGACCCAUACGGACGCCCGCCACCUUAUGAGAGGGACUACGGUCCUGGAGGCCGGGAGAUGGAGGCGUCACGGACCCCCCUGAGUGAAGCGGAGUUCGAGGAGAUAAUGAACAGAAACAGAGCCAUCUCCUCCAGCGCCAUAUCAAGGGCUGUGUCUGACGCCAGUGCAGCUGAUUAUGGCAGCGCUAUAGAGACGUUGGUGACUGCAAUCAGUCUGAUCAAACAGUCCAAAGUGUCAGCAGACGACCGCUGUAAGGUCCUCAUCAGUUCCCUGCAGGACUGUCUCCAUGGAAUCGAGUCAAAGAGCUAUGGCUCUGCCUCCAGAAGAGAGCGCUCCAGAGAACGCGACCACAGCCGAUCCAGAGAAAAGAGUCGACGCCACAAGUCCCGCAGCCGCGAUAGGCAUGAGGACUAUUACCGAGAACGCAGCCGGGAGAGGGACCGCCACCGCGAGAGGGACCGGGACAGAGACAGGGAAAGAGAGAGGGAGAGGGAGUACCGACACCGUUAGACAAGACAAGCUCACAAGGAUCAAGGAUGGAUGGAAGGAAAAGGAGGAACGCUUUCAGUGCACCACCACCACGUCCCCACCCUGCAUGACCGGACAGGAUUACAACCACCACCUCUUCCUCCACCCCUCCAUCUCUCUUCUCCUCUCCUUCUCCACCCAUCCUUCUCUCUGUCUGUUCAUCUUGUCUGCCUGACUCAGAGCAGUGGAUGGAAGACCCAUACCUGUGUAAGGCUAUGUUAUCCAAACACCUAUACUCAUGGUAACUAAAGAUAAAAAGAAAAGAAACUUUCCAAACAGCUCUUUUAUUUUUAUGAUGUUUUAUUUGACAUGAAGACAAGUAUGUGUGAUGCUUUUUUUUUUUUUUUUUUUUUUUUUUUUUUUGCAAUGAAAAAAUAAAAUGGCCGCACGCCCCCUAAAUAGAAGACACAAACAUUACAUCCUAUUUGCUUUUUAUUUUCGGUGGCUCGCUGUACUGUGUACAUUCAGUUUAGAGAUCAGUCUUUAUAGGGUACAUGUUUGAUGUUUUCUGCCCCACCUCUUCCUCUCAUUCUCAUUUAUUCUUUUCAUGGUUAGUAUGUUUGUAAAUGUCUCUGCUUUUGAUUAAAAACUAGAUGGUGUUGUAAUAAAAAAUGUUUACUGAGGUACACUCUGCAUUUGUUGAAUUCCUCUACAUGUUUGGCUCGUUUAUAUUAAAUGUAUAUUUUGGAGUGCA